AAGUGGAAAAGUAGCUGCGCGCGCAUACUCCAAUUCGGCGUUGAUUCUUGUUCGUAAUUGUCAGUUAGCAGUUGACAGUUGGUAGUCGAUUGUUGGCGACGGUUGGUACGCGGGUUGCGGGGAUUCGGCAAACACUUGCUGUCCGCUUGUUUAACUGCUUAAGCGACGCAUAUUCGUGCACGUGUGCCCCGAUCGAGGUGCUCGAGCGCCAUAACGCCGACGCGAUUCUGGUAACGGGGACGACGGGUCCGCUUAGAUAACGAACAACGAACGACAACAGUCAUGCAGUCGUUUCCAGGUCAAGUUAAUACGACAACAACAGCAUCAACCCAAACGCCUCCAAAUAUACGAUUCGAUCCGUCGUACAUACUAACCCUAUCAGGAAGGGUGAAAAUCCUUGAGAUGAUGGCGAAUAUUUUAGGUUUCAUCUCCGUACUCGCAUCCGACAUUAGCAGUCAUAGCCGAUGUGGUUGGUUCAAUACUGUUUCUAUGGCUGGAUUCUGGACCACUGGUAUACUUCUAGCUUUUUACCUGUUUCAUAUCAUCGAAAAGUUUUACAAAAUACCAUGGCUGAAAAUUGAAUUUAUUUACUGUGCCAUUGUGACUGCUUGUUAUCUUUUGGCUGCGUCAUUAAUCGCAGCACUUGCAACUUCAAGUGAAAGCUUGGGUGUAGCCGCCUUCAGUGGUUUCGUUGGUAUGUGCCUUUACGGCGUAGACUGCUGGAUAAAGUUCAAAGCCAUAAAAGAUGGCAAACAUGCUCAGGGUCAGCCACACUCUUCUAGACCUGUUUCUGCAACUACUGGUCCAAUAGAAUACUAAAACGAGCCAAAAUUAUAUUUGAGUCUGAAUAAUAAUCUUCAAGAUCUGCAGGUAUCUGUCUUCUAUACAUUUCAACGGAGUCAUCCUCCACCAUUUUAUCCGUUUCGUCUCGAAAUAUUAAGUAAGAAGACGAUCAAUUAUUGAAACAGUAAAAUGUAUAGCUUUGAAAUUUGCAUGGACAUUUUACUUU